AUGGCGGCGAAUCACCGUGGUACGCUCUUCCCAACCGCAGAAGAUUUUCAACAUGUUUCCAGGCGCACUCAUUCCGAAAGCAGGAAGUUUGCGAACGGUACUAAGCCACUUGAUCUCGCACUAAAGCCAGCAACACCUUCCAACGCGACCUACCUCGAGCCUAAGAGAAGAAACCCAGAAGAGAGCGGAUACAAGUGUAUUAUGAUGAUGAAAAUUGAUCCAAGGGAACAAAAGUACUGCCUGGCCCAGACAACUCAAUUGGACGUGGUGAUGAUAAGAAGAUGGCCCAUGGAUAGGAAUCGUCUCUGCUUAGUACGGCCAAAUCGUCGCAUUCUGAAUUUCAUAGAGGCAUUCGAGUACAACAAUUCAUUGUGGGUCGUGUAUGAUCGCCCUGGUAAAUUCCUCCCGUGUGUCCUUAAAUACACCACUAUCGGCACUGGUGAUAUUCUUACCAUUUCCCGGGAGGUAAAAAGGAAUGACCUUAUUCUCGCGCCUGUUGCUGAUGCUGGCUAG